AAACAUGAAACACGCGCCACCUACACUUGCUGCGACCCACACAUGUCUGUCAACCAUCGUCAUUGUCAACACUAAUCUUCUAUUUUUAGUAAUAUCCCAAUCCCAACUCACUAUACGCCCCGACCGUUUCAAACCCAGAAAAAACCAUUUCCAUCUCCAGUCACCUCUCUCUUUCAAAACUUUCUAAUUGCCUAUUACCUGUGUGAUAAUUUGCCUAAAAGAAACCAGUCUCUUUAAACUGUAAAUAUCACUAUGACUUCAAGGGAGGAAGGUGACGAUGGACUUAGGAAACCGUUCCUUCAUACGGGUAGUUGGUAUAAAAUGGGCUCGAGGCAAUCCAGCAUCAUGGGCUCCUCCACCCAGAUCCGCGAUGGUGCGGUUUCUGUCGUCCUCUGUGUCCUCAUCGUCGCUUUGGGCCCUAUCCAAUUUGGUUUUACCUGUGGAUAUUCUUCGCCUACGCAAGCAGAGAUCAUCAAAGAUCUUAAACUCUCUAUUUCAGAGUUUUCUCUGUUUGGCUCUUUAUCGAAUGUUGGUGCUAUGGUUGGAGCUAUUGCUAGUGGUCAGAUUGCAGAGUAUAUGGGCCGAAAAGGGUCUCUGAUGAUUGCUGCGAUUCCUAAUGUAAUUGGAUGGUUAAGCAUAUCGUUUGCCAAAGAUUCCUCAUUUUUAUUCUUGGGAAGGUUGUUGGAAGGGUUUGGUGUUGGUAUAAUCUCGUACACGGUACCAGUAUAUAUAGCUGAGAUAUCGCCUCAGAACAUGAGAGGAAGCCUUGGAUCUGUUAACCAGCUUUCAGUUACUCUUGGAAUAAUGUUGGCUUAUCUAUUAGGACUUUUUAUGCACUGGAGGCUGCUUGCAGUGUUAGGAAUUUUGCCCUGCACAAUAUUAAUACCUGGCCUCUUUUUCAUUCCAGAGUCUCCUCGAUGGCUGGCCAAAAUGGGGAUGAUGGAAGAUUUUGAAGCCUCUUUGCAAGUUUUACGGGGAUUUGACACAGACAUUUCCGUUGAAGUGAAUGAAAUCAAGAGAUCUGUAUCAUCAUCAAGCAAAAGAGCAACAAUUCGAUUUGCAGAACUGAAGCGAAGAAGAUAUUGGUUCCCUUUGAUGGUAGGAAUUGGAUUACUUGUGCUCCAGCAGCUAAGUGGUAUCAAUGGGAUUUUGUUCUAUGCCAGUAACAUUUUUCGAAGUGCUGGGAUCUCCUCAAGUAAUGCUGCUACAUUUGGGCUUGGUCUUAUUCAGGUUCUUGCAACUGGGGUGACCACAUGGUUGGUGGACAAAGCUGGUCGCCGGAUUCUUCUUAUCGUAUCUACAUCUGGAAUGACUGUUAGCUUGUUGCUAGUUUCAGUUGCCUUUUAUGUAGAGGAUAUUGUUUCAAAAGAUUCCCAUUUAUAUAGCAUUAUGGGAAUACUGUCACUUGUGGGGCUUGUGGCCAUGGUAAUUUUCUUCUCUCUUGGACUUGGAGCUAUUCCUUGGAUUAUAAUGUCGGAGAUUCUCCCUGUGAAUAUUAAGGGUCUGGCUGGUAGUGUAGCGACCUUGGCAAAUUGGCUAAUGUCCUGGUUGGUCACAAUGACUGCAAACUUGCUGUUGAGUUGGAGCAGUGGAGGGACAUUUACCAUUUACGCAGUGGUGACUGCUUUUACAGUUGUUUUUGUGUCUCUCUGGCUUCCUGAAACCAAAGGAAGAACUCUGGAAGAAAUACAAUCAUCCUUCAGAUGAAAGUUAUUGCUCAAAGCUCAUGUUAUCUGCUUUCAACUGAAUGAUGUUUUGUUUACUAAAUAUAACUGUAUAUUAUAAGUUAUUUCCUUUCUAUACACUUGUUCAUAUUUUUGAUCAGGCUCUAUUUGGAUAAGUGUUUGUUUGAAAUAAGGGUGGUUUUGGAUUUAUAUUUCAUGUGUAAAUUCACUACCUACGUUCAUUUCAAAUUUUAGUGUAUUUAAUAUGUCAUGUAUGGAAUGUAAUCUUUUUUUUUUUUUUU